AUGACACAUCAGGUCAGCCGCUCUCCAUUCCUCAAGCCCUUCUACACCAGGACCCCGGUUGGUGGGGUCAUUCCGCAAACCCAGAGACGCCACACGCUCCCCGCCAGCGAGUUCAGGAACCUGACCCCACAGGACGCCAUCAGCGUGUUCGAGAUCGAGAGAGAAGCAUUCGUCUCUGUGUCUGGUGAGUGUCCACUCACUCUUGACGAGGUGCUGAACUUCCUAAGUCAGUGUCCGGAGCUCUCCUUGGGCUGGUUUGAAGAGGGCCAGCUGGUGGCGUUCAUCAUCGGCUCAGGCUGGGGAAAAGAGAGACUGGAGCAGGAGGCCAUGACCCAACAUAUCCCAGAAACCUCGGCAGUGCACAUCCAUGUACUGUCUGUACACCGCCACGCUCGCCAGCAGGGUAAAGGUUCCAUCCUGCUGUGGCGCUACCUGCAGUACCUGCGAUGUGUGCCAGGCCUCCGGAGGGCCCUGCUGGUCUGUGAGGAGUUCCUGGUGCCCUUCUACCAGAAGGCAGGCUUCAAGGAAAAGGGUCCUUCUGCCAUCACCGUGCCCAACCUCAUCUUCCAGGAGAUGGAGUACCAUAUCGGCGGAGCAGCCUACGCACGGCGGAACAGCGGCUGCUAGUCACUGCCGGCCAUCACCACCUCGCUCAUAAUCACAUCAAUCCUAGCACUGGAACUCAUCCACCAUGUAAACAUAGACUCUGGUCAUCACAGGUGACCGUCCAGACCACACUAUAGCAGACAGACAGAUCCACGCACCAACCUGGUCUCAGAGCAUUUCAUAAUAUUCUGUACGUAAAUUCGAGACACUCCAUUUAGUAUGAUAGGUUACAUUUGGUGUGGUUACAUAAGACAGAUGGUUACUUAAGGAGGGUGGGCAUGUAAAACGAACAUCUAGCAAAGAUUGCGAGUUCAAAUCUCCUCACGGACAACAUUAGCAACUUUUCAACGACGUACUACUUUUUAGCUACUUUGCAACUACUGAGCAUGCUAUCCUAAACUUCCCCUAAGCCUAACCUUAACCCUUUAAGCAAACCCUUCACGUUUAGCUAACCUUUCAUGUAACUCUAACCUUAAACCUUUUAGCUAAUCUUCCCCUAAACCUAACCCUAACCUUAACACUUUAACUUAACUCAUAAACUUAACCCUAACCCCUAACCUAGCUAACAUUAGCCAACUAGCUAGAAUUUGCAACAUAUUACACGUUUGGUAAAAUCCUAAUAUAUUGUAUGUUUUGCAAAUUCUGAACAUAUAAUACGAAUUGUAAAUCGUAAUAUCAUACUAAAUGGAUUAUCUCAGAUUUACAUACAGAAUCAUAUGAAAUGCUCUGAGACCAGGUUGCAACCACAGGUGCUCCAUGAGAGAAGGCACUGCCCCAUCAAUCUCAGCUGCAGCACCAGCAGGCUCCGAGACACCAUCUUUCAGUGCCUCACAGACAGCAUCCCGACCCCCUGCAACAUAGAGAGGGGACAUGCACCAUCGCAUGAAGGGGACAAGAAUGGGUUUUCUUAGAAAACAGCAACAGAAAGAAAAACAAAUUGUUACUGAUAGAAGACUGAAUCAGAAUAUGUUUGAGAUGCAAUGUCGAGUUUCUGCAUACUUUGUGUAUGCGUCAUUGAAUUAUCAAAGUUCGAAUUUUGCAGUCCCAACAUUCUUCAUUGUAAUUAUGCUUCGUUUUGAGAGUAUUUAAAUUAAAUGUUCCUUGCCACAAAUCGUACUUUGUAGUACUAUUCUUGUUUGAGGUUUGUAUUACUACUAAUACUACUAUUAAUACUACUAUACUAUUAAUACUACUAAUACUACUAUUGUUAUUGAGAUACUAACUCUACUAUUGUUAU